AUGGAGAGGGACCCUGACAAAAGCUCCCCGGGAAACUCCCCAUCCGGUGGUGGCGAUGGCGGUGAUAGCGGCAACAGUCCUCCUAAGGCUCCCACCGAUACUGUUGAGGAAGAUGUUGUAGUUUCAUCUUCCUUUUUGGCUCCUGUGACGACGGUCGACAUUACGUGGGCAUUAUCUCCGCAGGAGUCCUACGGAAAGAAGAGAGGAAGAGGAGAAGAUGAAGGAGGGUCGAGUACUGGGGGUGGGCAAAAAGGGAAGAAAAAGGGGGAAUUGAUCGACCCGCCGUCUACGGAGCCGAAAUGUGCAACGUGUGGCAAGACUUUCGGGUCAUGGAAGGCAGUAUUUGGGCACUUGCGGUCGCACCCGGAACGGGAGUAUCGUGGGGCAUUCCCGCCACCCAAAAUUUGGGAGGAGAUGCUACGACAAGAGACGGCCCGUCGGCAACAUGCAGACGAAGGUAGUAGUGGCCAUGUGGAGGGCGCAGCAGCGGGGAUGUCCGGCAGGGGUAUUGAAAUUGAUCUGAAUGACCCAGAAGAGCCAGAGGCUGACAAGGACGAGUUUCCUUUUGAUCUCAAUAUGCCUGCACCAGAGAAUGAUGAAGAGGAUGACAAAUAA